AUGGCAAACUCAAUGCAAGGUGAUGGGGGCCUUCCCAGUGCAGAGCUCUGGGCCUCCCAUAACAGGAUGGUAAUGGAGCCGCUUGACAGCAACGACCCAGAGGUGCACAGCAUCAUCAAGAAGGAGAAGCAGCGGCAGAGGCUGGGGCUGGAGUUAAUCGCUUCGGAGAACUUUGCAAGCCGAGCGGUCCUGGAGGCGCUGGGAUCCUGCAUGAACAACAAAUACUCUGAGGGAUACCCAGGACAGAGGUACUAUGGUGGGACAGAGUUUGUAGACGAGCUGGAAAGGCUGUGCCAGAAGCGAGCCCUGCAGGCGUACCGGCUCGACCCCCAGAAGUGGGGCGUCAACGUCCAGCCCUACUCAGGGUCACCGGCCAACUUUGCGGUGUACACGGCCCUGGUGGAGCCCCACGGCAGGAUCAUGGGGCUGGACCUGCCCGAUGGAGGCCACCUCACCCACGGCUUCAUGACGGACAAGAAGAAGAUCUCUGCCACCUCUCUCUUCUUCGAGUCUAUGCCCUACAAGGUCAACCCCAAGACGGGUUACAUCGACUACGACCGGCUGGAGGAGAACGCCCGCCUCCUCCACCCCCAGCUGCUCUUCCACCCCAAGCUGAUCGUAGCAGGUACCAGCUGCUACUCGCGCAACCUGGACUACGUCCGCAUGCGGAAGAUCGCCGAUGCCAACAGUGCCUACCUGAUGGCCGACAUGGCCCACAUCAGCGGGCUGGUGGCCGCCGGCGUGGUGCCCUCCCCCUUCGACCACUGCGACAUCGUCUCCACCACCACCCACAAGACCUUGCGGGGCUGCAGGGCUGGCAUGAUCUUCUACCGAAAAGGCACCCGCAGUGUGGACCCCAAGACGGGCAAGGAAACGCUCUACAACCUGGAGAGCCUCAUCAACCAGGCGGUUUUCCCAGGGCUGCAGGGAGGCCCGCACAACCACGCCAUCGCAGGGAUCGCGGUGGCGCUGCGGCAGGCCAUGACACCCGAGUUCAAGGCCUACCAGCAGCAGGUGGUCGCCAACUGCAAGGCGCUGUCGGCGGCGCUCAUGGAGCUGGGCUACAACAUCGUCACGGGGGGCUCCGACAACCACCUGAUUCUGCUGGACCUGCGCAACAGAGGCACGGACGCCCGCGGCUUCAGGCAGGACGACUUCCGCAGGGUGGCUCAGUACAUCCACAAAGGGAUCGAGCUGACGCUGCGCGUGCAGAGGGACAUGAGCCCCAAGGCCACGCUGAAGGAAUUCAAGGAGAAACUGGAGGAGGAGAAAUACCGAGGGGAGCUGAAGGCGCUGAAGGAAGAGGUGGAGGCCUUCGCAGCGACCUUCCCGCUCCCGGGGCUGCCUGUCCUGUAA